AUGCCCGCUUUCUGCGUGAAGUGCGGCGAACAGCACGCCACUGAAGGGUGUGAAAAAACGGGAAUCCCGCACAAAGACUUCACACCCAAGUGCAAACUGUGUGGCGAAGAACAUUGCGCCAACUACAGAGGUUGCACGAAACAUAAGGCGUACGCGGCCCGCGCACGCGGGAACGACGCACAGCAACGCAGAGUUCCGGCGGGAAACUCUCACCCACGUGGAGCCCCAGCGCCCGCCAACAGCCGGACAAAGAGACGACGCGGCCGCAGAGGCCGCGCCACGGGAAGAGCGCAUUCCAGAGCGGUCGUCAACCCCGGCCAGCAGCAGGGGAACUCCAACGCCCGGAACAAAGAACCGCAGCGGCCCCACAGGCAGCCGCAGAACUCCGCCCCGGCAGCAAAAAUAAAUGGCGGACCUGCUCCGCACGCCGCCAUACUCCAGGUACCUGUGCGCCAACCCACUGCCCCUGCAGCAGCUCACCAGGCCGUAGCUCCGCCCUCCCCGCCGCAGCGCGCGGCCAUGACGGCGGCGCAGCGGCUGGUAGCCCCGCCUCCUGCGCCCCUGCCACGGCAAGCGGCCCCCCCGGCCGCUCCUCGCAGCAGCCGGGCGGACCAAUCAGCACCGCCCGCCCCGGACCAGGCCAGCAUGGCGGACUUCCCCGAACCGCGAUGGCGGCAGCAGCGGCCAACCACGGUUCAGCAGCAACCUCCACGGCAGCAGCGGCCAACCACGGUACAGCAGCAAACUCCCGCAGCCCACGUCGACGCCAGCCAACAAAAUGGCGGCAACCGGGAGACGGGAAGCGACCAUGUUGUCGGCCCCCGACAAGAUGGCGACCGCAUUGACCGUCUCCUCGACGCAAUGCAGCUCAUGAUGGCUCGCAUGUCCGAGCUAAUGGCCGCAGUACAUCAGGUACUCGCCGUUGCAACAUCCUCAGCCCAGCAUGCCUGA